AUGGAUGAAUUUGUUCCGAGAAAAUCAAAAUAUUGUCCGGACUGUUAUAAACAUAGUAGGAUCUCUUUUGGAUGGUGUAAAGAUUGUGAAACUGAUUUUAUGAAGGGAAGAUUUCCUUAUUGGUCAUCAGGAAAUAGAGAUGUUGAUGAAUUAAUCCGUCAUACUCAAUUAAAUUCCUCACAAACUUGUGAUUAUUUGGAAUGGAUUCCAUUUGAGGUAUUUGAUAUGGUUAAAUAUAUUGGGAGUGGUGGAUUUAGUAGCAUUUAUUCAGCCCUUUGGAUGGAAGGACCCAGAUUGAAUUGGGAUGAUGGAUUGCAAGAAUGGACUCGAACUGGUCCAAUAAAAGUUGCUUUGAAACGACUUGAUAAUUCAAUAAAUAUUACAAGUUCUUACGUUGAACAGAUUAAAGCACAUCAUAAAUGUAUUCAGUCAGCUUCAUUUGCCGAAAUGUUUGGGAUUACGAUGGAUCCAACUUCUAAUUAUAUGUUAGUCAUGAAGUAUUACAGAAGUGGCAACCUGUACCAAUAUCUAGACCGUUCCAAUGGAAUCCUUUCUUGGCGUGAUAUUAUAGACAUGUUAUGGGGUAUUGCUGGAGGUCUUGAAAGAAUUCAUACUGAAGGUAAAGUUCUUAAAAAUCUUCACGGAGGAAAUUUGCUUAUUGGAGAUGAAGAAAUUUCUAUAGAUACCGGAGAUGUUUAUAUAGACACUUAUAUUAGUGAUGUGGGUCUUUAUGGACCAAGAUAUAAUCCUAGAAGUUCCGAUCAAAUUUAUGGAGUUUUGCCAUACGUUGCACCGGAAGUUUUACGCGGUGAAAAUUAUAGUACCGCUUCUGACAUUUAUUCAUUCGGUAUUAUAAUGUAUACACUUGCGACUGGAGAAAGACCUUGGUAUAAUGAAGCACACGAUAUUAAUUUAGCGAAAAAUAUCUGUGACGGUAAGAGACUUGAAAUUCCUGAGGAUACACCGAAAUUUUAUGUAGAAUUAAUACGAAAAUGUUGGGACAAUGAACCAGAAAAACGUCCUACUGCAACUUAUUUAUAUAAAAAAUUAAAUUGGAUUAAUUUAAUUCUGGAUCCUUUUGAUGAUGAUUAUUAUAUUUCUGAAGAAAAAAGGCGUAAAAUAAUUUCCCAAUUGCCUAAAUCAUAUACUCAUCCGGAAAUACACCCAGAAGCAUAUUAUACAAGUAGACUUCUAUAUUUUCCAGAAUUAUAA